CUUGGGUGGAUCACAAAAGUCUCAGCAGGUGGCCAGCAGUGUGGGUGUAGAGUGUUAAACCCGGCACCUCCGGAGUCACAGCCUCUAUUUGAGUUGGCUGCCUCUGAGAGAACAUUUUACAACCAGCUGAUCAAGACUAGCAACCUGUUGCUAAGGCCCCUCCAGAAGUCUGGUAUUGAUUUGAUCAUUUUUUCUGCACUUAUUUCUGGCUACAAAUGUGUCCCUCUCUUCAUGUUUAAGGAAUGUCUCACUCUCGACUGUAACGUUUUGGUGCGACAUAUUGGUGAAAGCAUCACAGAUUUGACCAAGUGCAUCCAGAUCUCUGCCACCCUGACCACCUCUCUGAUGCUGGGUUAUCACUGUGAGCUCAUGGAGGUCUUCCAGAACUACUCACAUGCAUUUUCUGACUUUUUGGCAGUUGGUGGUUUUGACUUUUGCACCAAGGCUGGAAGUGAGUUCUUUGAGAAGAUCCAGAGCUCCAUCAGAGACCUGUCAGAAGAGCAGGACAAGUCUGUAGCAGCCAGCAGUCUAUUGUUGCGAGCCAUGAGGUACCCCUUCUUUCGUUUGGCAGAAUACAGUCGCAUCAUAAGCAAGAUUGCUGCCCUUGUGACAGUAAGUGAUUCUGACAGUUGUCUCACACU